AUGGAGCCGAAAAACGCAAAAGAACAGAUUUUUUUCGCCGCCCGGUUUUGUUCUGCUACCGUUUCAAACCAGCGAGUUCGCGGCAAUUUUAUUGGGCCGUGUUAUUGUUAA